AGCGCGAGCGCCGUCGGCGGCGCCUGCAGACAUGGACCCUUUCACGGAGAAACUUCUCGAGCGAACCCGUGCCAGGAGGGAGAAUUUACAGAAGAAAAUGGCAGAGCGGCCCAUAGGAGGAAUGAGACCGACAAUGCAAACAAAAAGGAGCAGAGAGCCUUUGUCAGAAACUGGUAACCAGCCACUUCAACCUAAUGAAGAAGCAAAGCCGGGUACCAAGCCAUCACCAUCCAAAAGACGCUGCUCAGAUAAGGUGGAGGCUGCAGCUCCUAGUUCUGAGAAUGCACAUCCAGUUAACUCAUCUUCCCUAAACCAAGUUGUUCCUGAAAUUGCUCCUACUUCUCAGUCUGUUGCUUUGUCAUCUGAGAAAGAAGAGCAAGACCAUAAAACUGAUUCGGUUUCUGGUGCUUCAGUUAAAACACGUAUGCAAAAGCUGGCUGAACGGCGACGUUGUUGGGAUAGUGAUUUGCCUGAAAGUCCUUGCGUAUCUCCCAUCCAAUCAAAAGAAAGUGUUGUUUCUCCGCCCAAACUACCCCUUACAUCUGAGACCCCAAUAGGGCGAAGAGGCCGUUUAGCGAACCUUGCUGCUACAAUUGGUUCCUGGGAAAAUGACCUAAGUCAUCCAUCUGCAAAGCAAAACAACACACAAGAACAGCCUGGUACUACUUGUUUAUCCAAAUUGUCUACUACAAGUGGAGCAUCUGCUAGAAUCAAUAGUGGCAGUGUGAAGCAGGAUGCUGCUUCCUGUUCCCAAAGGGCUGUUGAGUCAUCUGUGAAUAAGUCAGCAAUCUCUGGGAUAUUGGGAAGUGCUAAUUCCAAAACCAUCUUGGGAGUAAAUAACCAUCAUGCAAAAGAUAUCGAGGUACCAAAGUUGCAGCUUCCAGAAGAAAAGCCUGUUCUUAAAUCAUCUUUGAAACCAGUAUUAUCACACCCACUUCCAGCCAAAGAGGAGCCAAACAAAGGAGCACAUACACACAUUGACUACAAGGAUAAGCCAACCACACCAGGAGGACCAGGCAUUAAGCCUUUUCUGGAGCGUUUUGGAGAGCGUUGCCAGGAACGUAGUGCACAUAGUCCUGCUAUAAGUGGAGGACACAGAACUCCCAUUAUCACUCCAAAUACAAAGACAAUCCAAGAAAGGCUCUUGAGACAGAAUGAAGCACCCUCAACUGUCAAUCUAGCCCAGCAGCUCAAGCAGGAACGUGAAAGAGAACUCGCAUCCAUUAGAGGUCGCUUUGACAAAGGCAGACUGUGGAGUGCUGAAAAAGGAGCAAACAAAGGCCCAGAAACGAAACAGGAAAACCAAGUUCAAACAAGCUCAAAACUCCUUCCUGGUUCAGAUGCCUCCUCCCGGUUACCAGAAGAAAACUCUGCAACACUUGAGAGAAUAGAAGAAAGCAAAUCUCCAGGCACUUCAGAAGAGAACAAGACAGAAAAACCUAUUCCUCUGAAAAUCUUUUCACCAGAGACUCCUGUAAAAACAAUGUCUAAUUCAAAGCCUGAACAACAUCUUGACAAACAAAAUGGACAAGAGCAAGAGACUGAGGCAAGGGUGGAGGAGGGUGAGAUGAAUAGUUCAGAAGUGAUAAGCAAUAUCUUUGAUGAAGCUCUUCAGGAUGAUGGGCCUGACAUAGAGAAACUUAAAAAAGAGAUGAUUAUGACCUUAGAAGAAGACAGUGACUAUGAACAGGAAGAGACGCUGAAUAUUUCAUCAAUGUCCCUCCUAACACCUUUAACGGAAUCUGUUGCUAGUCCACAGGCUUUUGCUUCCCCUAGUAAAUCAGUUGGUGAAGAGAGCAUUGCAAGUGACGACAGUCCAAAGUCCAGCAAGUUUCAAAGAACAGAGUCUGGAAGCAGCUUUGGGUCCCUGUCAGAAGAUCGUAGCCUUCUGUAUAGUAUUGAUGCCUAUCGGUCUCAGCGAUUUAAAGAAAAGGAUCGUCCUUCAAUAAAGCAAGUAAUUGUUCGUAAAGAAGAUGUUUCCUCCAGGCUUGAGGAGAAAAGGAAUGGAACUUCUGGUCAAAUUAACAUUAAACGAAAAUUACAGGAGCUGAAUAAUGAAAUCAACCUGCAGCAAACUGUGAUACACCAAGCAAGUCAGGCUCUGAACUGCUGUAUAGAUGAAGAGCAUGGGAAAGGAUCGCAAGAAGAAGCGGAAGCUGAGAGAUUACUUCUCAUUGCCACUGAAAAAAGAACAGUGCUGUUGGAAGAGCUAAAUAAACUAAAAAAUGAAGGACCUCAAAGCAAGAAGAACAAAGCUGGUUCGGUAUCUGGACUCUUUCCAUCCAGGGGAUCUGUUACUCUGUCAGAAAUUCGUCUACCUCUAAAAGCUGACUUUGUAUGUGGUACUGCCCAGAAACCAGAAACAGCCACCUACUACUACAUCAUCAUUUUGAGAGCAGGAGCAGAAAACAUGGUUGCAACUCCGCUCGCAAGUAUUGCAAACUCCCUGAAUGGAGAUGCUCUAACUUUUUCAACGACGUUUACUCUGCAAGAUGUGUCCAGUGACUUUGAGAUCAACAUUGAAGUGUAUAGCUUGGUACAGAGGAAAGAAACUGCAAGCAUUGAUAAAAGGAAAAAGUCAGCUAAGUCUAAGGUCAUUACUCCAAAGCGAUUACUGACAUCUAUUACUACUAAGAGUAAUCUUCACACUCCAGCCAUGGCCAGUCCAUGUGGGCCCAAUGCCGUGCGCACAAGCAACUUUGUUCUUGUUGGUUCUCAUAAAAUUUUACUGUCGUCAGUUGGGAGUACCAGAUUCCUUUUGGACAAGGUUCCAUUUUUGUCUCCUCUGGAAGGCCACAUAUACCUGAAGAUUAAAUGUCAAACAGAUUCAUGUGUAGAAGAGAGAGGAUUUUUGACUAUGUUUGAAGAUGUUAGUGGGUUUGGAGCUUGGCAUCGGCGUUGGUGUGUGCUUUCUGGUAAUUGCAUCUCUUACUGGACUUACCCUGAUGAUGAAAAGCGCAAGCAUCCAAUGGGAUCGUUAAACCUGGCAAACUGCACUAAUCGUCAAAUUGAGCCAGUCAACAGAGAGUUCUGUGCUCGGCCUAACACUUUUGAACUAGUUACUGUUCGGCCACAGAGGGAAGAUGAUAAGGAAACGCUUGUUAGCCAAUGCAGAGACACACUUUGCGUUACCAAGAACUGGUUGUCUGCUGAUACUAAGGAUGAGCGUAAUCUGUGGAUGCAAAAACUAAAUCAAGCUCUUGCUGAUCUUCGCAUGUGGCAGCCCGAUGCUUGCUAUGUCCCUAUUGGGAAGCCUUGAAUUGUGGGAAACCUCCCCCAGAAAGCUUGCUUAUAAAGCCAAAGGCAAACCCUAUCACUACUUAAUGAAGACUUUUGUAUACGGUGUUUUGGAUUCUACAUUACACUUCAUGCUUUAAAA